AUGAAGGUGAAGUUAGCAAUGCGAGUUCUUACUCAGUCGGUUGCAACAGCAUUGGAGGAAAAAGAUGAUGAGGAUGUCCUUGGUACAACCGAAUUGUGUAAGAUGAUGAAUUAUUUCUUUGACUGCACAAAUGUUCAGUCAUUGACUGAGCAUGUUAGAAGAAGAAAUCAUUUCAUCACACCUUACACUUAAGUCCCAAGAUGAUGAGAGAUUUGCUUGGUUGAAGGAUGUCUUCCUGCAGUACUUGGAAAAGUGGAGAGAGAGCAUCAUGCAAUGACAGGGAAUCUACACUGCUGACAGAAGGGGUAAGAUGUUUCUUUCACUUACAAAGGCCUCAAAUUUUAUGUCCACUCGCACAUUGAGGCUAUUCAGUUUUUGCUUGCUGAAGGGUUCAAGAUGUGCUAGAGGAUUACUUUGGACACCAGAGAGCAAAAGGUGGAUGUACAGACAGCCCAAUGACAUAGCAGCUUGUGUACAAUGACAUGACCAUUGUGGCCCAGAGAGAUACUGCCUCAGUAUUGAGAGGCAAUGUUGGUGGAAGAUACGAGAAGCAGAAGUGGAGUCAAGUCAGUGAUGUGCCCACAAAGAAGCGGAAGAAACCAUGAAAAUAAAACUGUAUGUUUACAACAUAUACUUUGUAUAUGAGGUGUGUUUAGCUUUAGACUCUGGAGUUUGCUAUUUACUUCAGUAACUGAAUUACUAAUAUUUCAUCUGCAUUAGCCUAGAAUUACAUUUUUUAAACAUUUUACUAUAAUUUCCAAAGUUUAAAGUUAAAUAUUGGUUUUUGUUGAUGGAUAAACUAUGUGACAAUUAAUGUUGAUAGUUCAAGCCAAACCAGGGAUGCGACUGGCAUAUAAUUUUUUGGCGCAAAGACCAUUAACAGUCCAGUUACAGUAUAUCAGAUUUGCAUCGGAGUGAGCUGGUCUUGAUUGUAUGAGAAGCAGAAGUGGAGUCAAGUCAGUGAUGUGCCCACAAAGAAGCGGAAGAAACCAUGAAAAUAAAACUGUAUGUUUACAACAUAUACUUUGUAUAUGAGGUGUGUUUAGCUUUAGACUCUGGAGUUUGCUAUUUACUUCAGUAACUGAAUUACUAAUAUUUCAUCUGCAUUAGCCUAGAAUUACAUUUUUUAAACAUUUUACUAUAAUUUCCAAAGUUUAAAGUUAAAUAUUGGUUUUUGUUGAUGGAUAAACUAUGUGACAAUUAAUGUUGAUAGUUCAAGCCAAACCAGGGAUGCGACUGGCAUAUAAUUUUUUGGCGCAAAGACCAUUAACAGUCCAGUUACAGUAUAUCAGAUUUGCAUCGGAGUGAGCUGGUCUUGAUUGUUCUCAACACACUAUAAAUAUUUUUUGCUUAUUUUUGACUCUGUGGUAUCAUGUAUUCACAUCCUAAACUCACCUUGAAACAGUAAAAUUGAAGUUGCUCUGAUGUGGUAUAGUGUAACUGGGGUCUAAUUACUUCUGCUUCUCUUUUUCUUCAUUGACUAACAUAUUUUGAAAAGGGGAUCACACAGAUAUAGCUUGGAAUUUUAGGCAUGUUAUACCUAGCCAGUAGAAUAUAUAUAUAUUUUGGACCUUCACAACUAUAAUUAUGUUAAUUAGUAUCUUUAGAUAAAAACUACAACCGGAUGGUGAUAACAAUUAUUUGAUGAUAAAUCAAAUAUAGCAGACAGUAUGUACAUGAAAUUUAAUGCAUUACAAGUGAUACAAAGACAUGAGGAAAAUUAUUAGAUUUCCCUGAAAAAUGAGGAGAUUAAGGGUUGUAUAACCCUUCGACUUUCAACUUAUUUUAAACCAACAAGGCUAUGGCACAUUUAAUGACAAGUUUCCUGACAUAUGGUAUCAGUUUGUAAUACCAUGAUAAUUAAUAUUUUUACUGUAUGGAACUUUAUAAUUGUCAUAGCAUGAUUGUGACAUUAUUUCUGCUAUUGUCCAUUUUAGUAAUUACAUCACUGGAUAUAUAGAGUUUCUAUUUAGUGCUAUAUUGUUUCAAGUCCUUUCUCAGUGCUUUCUUCUUGAGCUGUUUUUCUUUUAUCCUACGCUUAGUUAAAUAAUCUCUGGCAUACGAAAACGACCUGACCCUUAAGCUUAACAACAUUUUCCAAACACAGUUUUUGGGUGGAACUGGAGUGAGCCACUCCCGCAGACAUAACAAUGUUAUUCCACAGUGGCAUGACUACAGGUGAUUCCAAGGCAUUACUACAUAAUUAUCGCAUCAGUGGGUAUCUUUCUCAAUGUACCUUGGGUUGAUUCACUCACUUGUUUUCGGAAUAAAUAUUCUGCAAAAAUAAAACUUGUCAACUGAUCAAUUGACUUCGUGCUUUGGAACAGAGACUGUAAAUCCUCGUUUUUGGUUCCCAGCCUCUCAUUUGCUUUUUUGAAAAAGCUUCGAAACCACAUAACAAGCAACAUAUGACAAUGGCCCACGUUCAGCUGGAUCAAGUUUUUGGACAUUUGAAGCUUCUGUUUCCCUAGUAUGUGCCUCUAUUUACUUGUGUGGUAAAAUAUAACAAGAUGAUCAGGUAUGUGAAUCAGUAUAGCAUUUGCAUCCCUGUAGUCCUUGCAGUUGAGUAAAUCGCACAAUCUUGGUAUCAGAGCAAAAAACGAUUCAACAGGUUUGUCUUGGUUUUUCUUUUUUGCAAACAAAAGGAUACAAGGCAUCGUAUAAACCAUCGUAUAAACCUUUAGUUGCAGUUGCUGUCUUUAUACUGUUGCUCAUUUCAGUGCCAUAUAACUUCUCUGUGUUAUUUUGCUCUUAAUCACUUCAAUUAUAGAAGCAACUGUAUUGAGAGAAGAGUAUUUCAAAAGUAAUGACUUUUCAGCUGAAACUUGGCCCAUUUUAGAGUUGACAUGUCUGGUAUGGUUGGCUUUCGAUUUUUAAACUUUAUCGCAUUUCAUAAAACAAACAUGUGAUGCUCAUGUAAAACAAAAUAAAUGGUUACUGGUCUCCUUAUAAAAUAUUAUUGUCACCUCUGUUGCAUGAAACGUAUUCAAUGAGAGAUAGCUUAAAGAUUACUGUGUUGCCAAACUGGAACUGGAACUCACAUAAGAAAACAUAUUACUUUGCACAAAGUUGUGGGAAGUAUACUUUAAUUUAAUUGAUGAUAUAGCAUAUGCUUCAAUUAUAUAUACUUUAAUUGUCUGUAUACUUUAAUAUAUUAACAGUCCAUAGGUGUAAAUGUGGUAACUGUGUCCUGGCAUUUGUGGUAAAACCUGACGAAUGUUGUUGUUUAUAUGUGAACCUUGUAAAGAAAAAAUGCUGGAAGAAAACGUGCAUGACCAGCAUUUGAUAUUGGUUGGAAAUAUCAAGACUUUUUAGUAUACCCCCACUCCGCUGGAAAUCUUGAUGCAAUGACACCCCCCCCCCCCCAUCCUCUUGAAUUUCCAAUCUCUUCUGUCGCAGGGUGGGUGUGGGGGGUAUGGCGUUAGACAGAGUUAAAAAAUAAAGUAGGGCACAUCAGUGUACAUACAGUACAUCAAGGCUUUCCAUCAGGGCAUUAAAGUUUUUAAAAUUUUCUAUGGGCAGUUUCUGCAGUAAAUUGUACACAUACUGUAAUAAAAUGUUAACAUAUUAAUAAAAAUAUGUCAAGUACUGUAGCUAGAAGGAGUAUCUGUUAUGGGAAUGUAAAAUCUAUCCCAUGAAGAUCACAAGAUCACUCCUCCCGCCAAGUAGCUAGAAGGAACACAAGAUCCAAUAAAGAUUAUUCUCACAAUUUUUAUAGUAAAAUUAGCAGAUUUAAGAACAGCCCAAUUUUAUAUGCUGUAAAUAUUUUUAAUAAUAGUCAGAAGUGGGAAAUCUAUACAUUUUUAAUUACUAGUAAAAAAAAACUUAUUGUAAUAGGAUAUAUAUCACUUUGUAAAUUGCAUAGAAAUUUAGCCUUGGUUAUAUUGUGUGUAAUUUAUUCCCAGUAUAAUAAUAAUUAUAGUAUUAUUUAGAACUGCUGAGCAUGUUCUAGUCUUGAAUAAUGUUUAUUAAUAGAUAUAUUUUGUUGUCCUCAUUGUUACAGGACUCCAGAUAAUUCAGAAAACUUACGAACCAAGCCAAAGUUCAUUGUGUUCUUGUCUCAGCUGCUGCUCCUAUUCAAUGUAUGUCCAGCUUGUAAAUCAGAGAAGCCCUUUAUUGAAACGAGUGUUAUUGGUACUAUGGUUAAAAUAACAACAAAGUGCUUUAACCCUGACUGUUCAUCUCCUGAGAAUACCUGGAAAAGUCAGCCAAUCAUGACAGGAACAAAAAUGCCAGCAAUGAACUUCCUGCUCUGUUUUUCAGUCCUGGUGUCUGGUGCUUCACCAUCCAAAAUAUUUCUAGUUUUCAAGAAUGUUGGAUUAUCUUGCAUUUCCUUGAAGACUUACUUCAAACAUCAGGCUGUGAGUAUACGGCUAUAUGCAGAUGGGGACUACUUCAUGUAUGCCAAUUUUUAGGUCCUGACACAGGGUCAGGGUGUGUAUACAUGAACUACUGGCUUUAGUUACACAUAUAAUGUAACUGCAUGACACAUUAUUUUUAACUAUUUCUUUAGAACAGACUCUUUCCCACUGUGCAUUUGUACUGGAAGAAAUGCCAAGAGAAAAUGAUGGCCAAGCUGAAAGCAACAGAACAGUCUCUAGUCAUUGCUGGUGAUGGCAGGCAUGACAGCAUGGGUCACAGUGCCAAAUACUGUGCCUACACUUUGUUCUGUUGCACAGUUCCCCUCAUCAAUGAUUUUUCCUUGGUUCAGGUAGGCAUAGACACCCACAUUUUCUGUACUUACUGUAACUUUUCCAAGUGGAAAAUAAGUCAUUUUAUCAUUAUAUUAGUUACAGAAACAGUUAGGUAAAUGUAAAGUAAAUGGCAAAAGUGAAUGUUGCAGAGAUAAAAACAUGGCUGACUCUUUUUUUGACAAAUGUGAAACCUAAUACCCAAAUGAAGGAAAAAACUUCACAACACUGCCAGUAUCUGCCAAUGGCACAAUGUACCCUGGCCACUUUAUUCUUUUACUGCCGAUGAUUUUUCUUGACAUGGGGUCAGAGCCUUACUAAUUUACAAGCUAAAAAGCAUAUUAUCCUCUUUACUAAUCUAUAUCCUCAUUUAUUUUAUAUAAUAGAGAAAUAUAGUCCGGCAAUGGAGAAAAUAUAAUAGAGAAAUAUAGUCCGGCAAUGGAGCUGCUGGGGUUCAAAAACUGCAUGGACAGCCUUCUGGUUUGGGGAAUUCUUUUUGAGACAUUCAUCACUGAUCGUCACACUGGUAUUGCCAAACAUAUGCGGGAAAAUCUUGCCCAUAUAAAGCACUAUUUUGACCUGUGGCAUCUCAAGAAGAGUAAGUGUUUGUAAUGCCAUUGUCAUUCUGACUCAUCCUGAAGCCUGACAGUUGAAUACCCCACCCUCUAGUAAACUAGUUGGAAGGAAAAUAGGAUUUGGGGAAACUGUGUUUAAAAUUAAUUUCAAGUUACACAAUGUUUUGUUUAGCUAGAAGCAGCAAGAUUGGAACUGCAGGCAAUGACACCAGCCCCAAUGAACACCAUGUUGGAAAAACAGCCAAGGGACAAGGCAACAGAAUUGUGGAAAAAGAGGAAAUCCAUGGUUGUACAAGAAGUUCCUAGGACUGUGCAAGGUAUAUUCUAUAAGCAAAGACAAGUUGUAAAAUACAUUUAAUUAUCAAGAGAAGAAUAUUUACAUUGUGCUCUCUUGUGAAAUUUUUGAGGAUAUCAACUGAUUACAUAUUUUUUGUGUUUUAGUGAAUGAAUCUUCAAUGACUCAAACCGUUUUACGAAAGCCAAGAUAUUGUCGAUCAUGUAAAAAUCCCAUGAAAGGACAUAAAAAUGUAAAGGACUGUCCAAAAAAUAUGUAA